UUUCCACCUGAAGGGGGGUAAUUACCCGACUCUUGGAAUUUGUUGUGAAGAAGGAAAUAAUUGGCACUAUUUGGCUCCUGAUGCACGGACCAUGUCGAGGCGCAAGCAGGCGAACCCCCAGCACCUCAACUCGGAGGGGCAGCUGUUGGAAGCGAGCGCUGAGCAACAAGAUUCCAGUGAUGUAGAUGGUGAAAAAAGCGUCAAGCGAUGCAGGAUGGAAGAAACUCAUGUCUGUGACAAGUGCUGUGCCGAGUUUUUUGAACAAUCCGAGUUAAUUGAGCAUAAGAAAUAUUGCACUAAAAAUCCAACUGUCCUGAUCAUGAACGAGGGUGAAGGACAACAAGCAUCUGAGGUCUACCCAGAGUCUAUCUCUAAGAGCACUGAACAGGAGCUAGCUGAAAAAAAAGUGGCAAAGGACAUUCUAGCAAAGGGUUCUGCUGUUACUGCUGAAAGGAUGGCGGGGGAAUUCAACUCUGGCAAUAAAAAAAUCUCCCAAGCCACUCCUAAGACUAAUGGAUUUGGCUUCUUGCCUAAAACAAAUGUCUCCAACACUAAUGUGACUUUACAAACUAUCAAUACUACUAAAGCGGCUGUUAAUCAACAUGCAUCAGGUGGAACUAGUGCUCCAGCAAACAAUGCCAACGCCAUUCCAAUGAUCCUUGAACAACUAGUGUGCUUACAGCAGCAGCAGCUUCAACAGAUUCAGCUUACUGAGCAGAUCCGCAUUCAGAUCGCUAUGAUGGCUCCGAAUUCCCUGCAUCCUUCUAUAGCUGCUGCCACAGAUCCACUGAAGGCACUGGGUGCCCAUUUAUCGCAGCAGCUCUCUGCAGCUGUUGCUCUGAUUGGACAAAAAGCUGGAACUCACAACCUUACUCUUGAGGCUCUUAAGCAGUCAAAGCUACCUCACGUCACCCUGUCCAUUCCAACUUCUGGCACUGUGCCACUUAACUUUUCCAAUCCGAUGCUAAAAUCUGAGCUCAAUAGGGUUCUUCCUGCUUCUGUGGCCAGGUUUCCAAACCCUGUCCUACCUCAUAGUCCUGGGACUGUAAUCUUCCAGAAUCCACUUAAUGUCGUUGACCCUACUAAGAAACUGAAAAGCAAGUUUCCAGGUGUUCUUACACCAGAAAUUAAACCAAAUGGCGAGGACCAAUUCUUUAGACAUAAGUGUAAGUUCUGUGGCAAAGUUUUCGGCAACGACAGCGCACUGCAAAUACAUUUACGUUCGCAUACCGGUGAAAGGCCUUACAAGUGCAACAUCUGUGGAAACAGAUUUACAACAAAAGGUAACUUGAAGGUUCACUUCCAGAGACACAGAGAUAAAUAUCCACAUAUACGGAUGAAUCCCUAUCCUGUACCAGAACAUCUGGAUAAUGUUCCUACUACAAGUGGAAUUCCGUAUGGCAUGUCUGUUCCAUUGGAUGAGUCUAAUGUACUUGUGGAUAUAAAGCCUGUGCUGACUAGUCUUCCCGAUCCAGGACUAACUAUACCAAAUGUUGCCAGGAUAGGUGAUGCGUCAGGAUCAGCCUUCCCACUCAACCUGCAGUCCAAGCUGUCGCCGGGUAGUGAAGGAGAGUCUGUGUCAUCUGGAGCUGUUGGUCAGGAGUCUGGCACUGAUCAAAGUCUAAACUCUCCUCCGGCUAGUGGAUCCAGUGAGCAAGGCUCAGAGACGAGCAAACUACAGCAACUGGUAGAAAACAUUGACAAGACUGGUUCAGAUCCCAAUAAGUGUUUGAUUUGUCAUAGAGUACUAAGUUGUCCUAGCUCUCUGAAAAUGCACUACCGCACCCACACUGGGGAACGACCUUUCAAGUGCAAAAUCUGUGGACGAGCGUUCUCCACUAAAAGCAAUCUUAAAACUCACUAUGGCGUACAUCGCGCAAACACGCCUCAGAAAAUGCAUUCUUGUCCUAUCUGUCAAAAGAAAUUCACCAAUGCAGUGGUCCUGCAGCAACAUAUCAGGAUGCAUAUGGGUGGACAGAUUCCAAAUACACCUUUACCGGAAGAUGCAUGUGAAGAUGGAGACCUUGAUUCUUUAGUGAUUGAUGAGAAGAAUGGAGACCUGAACAGCUUCACUGAUGAGAAUGUGGAUGACAUCGACAUGGAGGAAGAUCCUGAACUUGCAGAUGUUCCUUCAGGUUCUAAACCCACCACCCCACAGAGUGAUGGUCGAGUGGCAUCCCCAAGCAUACAGCUCACUGAGCUUUCAUCUCAGGACAAUCAGAUGUCUAUGCCUCCUGGACUCUGCUUGCAAAGGCAAAACAGUAUUAAAUCAAGUGAGAAUGGGUCAAUGGAAAGUGAUGGCUUGACUAAUGAUUCCUGUUCCAUUGAGGAUCAAGAAUAUCAAAAUGGCAAAAGUCCAUCUCAAUCUCAACUAAGGACUCUUUCACCAACCAACAGCCAAGAUGACAGUCUUCCGUCAAAGUCUCCACCUUCUUUCAAUGGUCUCGAUGUAAUGGGUGUGCCGAAUAAUGCAGAGUCAGGCGAAAAUGGCUCAGUUGACCCUGAUGUUGACGGGGCUCUAGAUCUAACAAACGGCAACCUAGGACGCAAAAUCAAGGAAGAACCGGGCUUGAUUCCCAAUGGAGACUUGAGCAGGAGUCCAAAUGUCUAUGUUGGUCCUCCACCGACACUGAUCAAAGUGGAAAUGCCAGGAGAUCGUCUUUUGGGCACCACACAUUUCAUCAGGCCACCCAAUCUUUCACCCGGCUUAACACCUCUCAUUGUCCCUCCUCGGCGCACAGCAAAGCAACAUAUCUGCCUAACGUGUAGCAAGAACUUUUCUUCGGCUAGCGCUUUGCAGAUCCACGAAAGAACUCACACUGGGGAAAAACCUUUUGCUUGCACGAUAUGUGGAAGAGCUUUUACAACAAAAGGAAACCUUAAAGUUCAUGUUGGAACGCACAUGUGGAAUAAUUCUGCUCGUCGAGGAAGGAGACUCUCUGUGGAUAACCAAAUACCUGCCUUGCCAAAUGACAUUAAGAAAGUGCCUGAGAUCUUUCCAAAGUAUCUUAUUUCUCCUGCGGUCAUUGAUCCUGCUGUUUGGAACCAGUACGCUACUGCCCUUAGCAGUGGCUUGGCCAUGAAGACUAAUGAGAUCUCGGUAAUCCAGAGUGGUGGCAUUCCUUCAUUGCCGGUCAGUAAUGGGGGUCCUUCCAUCACCACAGCUACCGUCUCUAACCUCGAUGUCAACCAGGCUAGUGCGACUCAGAUUAUGGCCGAAAGGGAAGACAAAGGUGUGAAUAGCAUGCCAAAACACCAGUUUACACACUUCUUAGAGGAAAACAUAUCCGUGAAAUGACCUAUCUAAUGGCAGCCGACAUGUGCAAGCGGACACUUGAAAACUGGGUGGCUGGAAUUUGCUGCACCUUUUAUUUUUUUUGGUACUUUUUCUGUGGGUUUCUUUUUCAAAAGUGGCCAUAAGUACAACCCAUAUUGCCGCCUGGCACCAAACCAGAUGAAAUGCUCCUCCCAGAGAUGUUGCAAAUAACGCAAGGCUGAUGUGUGGAUGGCGUUU